CAUAAAGGAAGCCGUGUUGGGCUACGCAAGACCUUCCUGUUUUCUGGCCCUGGGUGUUCAGUGGCAGCCACUCCGGGGCCCAUGUUCCCGAAUCACACCUCCAGAGGCUUGCAACCCCUGACCCACAAGGCCCGGGCAGGGCUGGGAGAUGUCCCUGCUGCCCAGUUGGGGAAACUGAGGCAUGGGUGUUGCUCAAGACUUCCCAGAGCGACGAGGCUGCUGAGAUUGUCAUUUGGGGCUUCCGGGACCUGGACUGUACCCCUUUCUGGUGUCACCUGCCGCUGCCUGGCCCUCGCCAUGCUGACCCCGCGAACGCCUCCUCCCCGCCCGGCCCUGCUGCUCCUGCUGCUGCUCCUGGGGGGCGCCCACGGCCUCUUUCCCGAGGAGCCGCCGCCGCUCAGUGUGGCCCCCAGGGACUACCUGAACCACUACCCCGUGUUCGUGGGCAGCGGGCCUGGACGCCUGACCCCCACGGAGGGUGCUGACGACCUCAACAUCCAGCGAGUUCUGCGGGUCAACAGGACGCUGUUCAUUGGGGACAGGGACAACCUGUACCGGGUGGAGCUGGAGCCCCCCACAUCAACGGAGCUGCGCUACCAGCGGAAGCUGACUUGGCGAUCUAACCCCAGCGACAUCGACGUGUGUCGCAUGAAAGGCAAGCAGGAGGGCGAGUGUCGAAACUUCGUAAAGGUGCUGCUACUUCGCGACGAGUCCACGCUCUUCGUGUGCGGCUCCAACGCCUUCAACCCGGUGUGCGCCAACUACAGUAUAGACACCCUGCAGCCUCUUGGGGACAACAUCAGCGGCAUGGCUCGUUGUCCAUAUGACCCCAAACACGCCAAUGUCGCCCUGUUCUCUGACGGGAUGCUCUUCACGGCCACUGUUACCGACUUCCUCGCCAUCGACGCUGUCAUCUACCGCAGCCUUGGGGACCGGCCCACCCUGCGCACCGUGAAACAUGACUCCAAGUGGUUCAAAGAGCCGUACUUUGUCCACGCGGUGGAGUGGGGCAGCCACGUGUACUUCUUCUUCCGGGAGAUCGCGAUGGAGUUUAACUACCUGGAGAAGGUGGUGGUGUCCCGAGUGGCCCGCGUGUGCAAGAACGACGUGGGGGGCUCCCCCCGCGUGCUGGAGAAGCAGUGGACAUCCUUCCUGAAGGCGCGGCUCAACUGCUCCGUGCCUGGCGACUCCCACUUCUACUUCAACGUGCUGCAGGCUGUCACGGGCGUGGUCAGCCUGGGGGGCCGGCCCGUAGUCCUUGCCGUCUUCUCCACACCCAGCAACAGCAUCCCUGGCUCAGCCGUCUGCGCCUUUGACAUGACACACGUGGCUGCUGUGUUUGAAGGCCGCUUCCGCGAGCAGAAGUCCCCUGAGUCCAUCUGGACGCCGGUGCCGGAGGAUCAGGUGCCACGGCCCCGGCCUGGGUGCUGCGCGGCUCCUGGCAUGCAGUACAACGCCUCCAGUGCCCUGCCUGACGACAUCCUCAACUUCGUCAAGACCCACCCGCUGAUGGACGAGGCGGUGCCCUCCCUGGGCCACGCGCCCUGGAUCGUGCGCACACUGAUGCGGCACCAGUUGACACGCGUGGCCGUGGACGUGGGUGCCGGCCCCUGGGGCAACCAGACUGUCGUCUUCCUGGGUUCCGAGGCGGGCACCGUCCUCAAGUUCCUCGUGCGGCCCAAUGCCAGUGCCUCAGGGACUGCUGGGCCCAGUGUCUUCCUGGAGGAGUUCGAGACCUACCGGCCAGACAGGUGUGGACGGUCCGGUGGUGGCGAGACGGGGCAGCGGCUGCUGAGCCUGGAGCUGGAUACGGCCUCCGGGGCCCUGCUGGCGGCCUUUCCCCGCUGCGUGGUCCGCGUGCCCGUGGCCCGCUGCCAGCAGUACUCGGGGUGUAUGAAGAACUGUAUCGGCAGCCAGGACCCCUACUGCGGCUGGGCCCCCGACGGCUCCUGUGUCUUCCUCAGCCCCGGCACCAGAGCCACCUUUGAGCAAGACGUGUCCGGGGCCAGCACCUCAGGCUUAGGGGACUGCACAGGGCUCCUGCGGGCCAGCCUCUCCGAGGACCGCGCAGGGCUGGUGUCGGUGAACCUGCUGGUGACGUCGUCGGUGGCGGCCUUCGUGGUGGGCGCCGUGGUGUCCGGCUUCAGCGUGGGCUGGUUCGUGGGCCUCCGGGAGCGGCGCGAGCUGGCCCGCCGCAAGGACAAGGAGGCCAUCCUGGCCCACGGGGGUGGCGAGGCCGUACUGAGCGUGAGCCGCCUGGGCGAGCGCCGGGGGGCCGGCCCCGGGGCCCGGGGGGGCGGGGCCGGGGGGGCCGGAGGUGCCCCCGAGGCGCUGCUGGCGCCCCUCAUGCAGAACGGCUGGGCCAAGGCCACACUGCUGCAGGGCGGCCCCCACGACCUGGACUCGGGGCUGCUGCCCACGCCCGAGCAGACGCCGCUGCCCCAGAAGCGCCUGCCCACCCCGCACCCCCACCCUCACGCCCUGGGCCCCCGCGGCUGGGACCACGGCCACGCCCUGCUCUCCGCCUCCGCCUCGUCCUCCCUCCUGCUGCUGGCCCCCGCCCGGGCCCCCGAGCAGCCCCCGGCGCCGGGUGACCCGGCCCCCGAUGCCCGCCUCUAUGCCGCGCGGCCAGGCCGUGCCUCCCACAGCGACUUCCCGCUCACGCCCCACGCCAGCCCGGAUCGCCGGCGGGUGGUGUCGGCGCCCACGGGCCCCUUGGACCCAACCUCAGCCGCCGACAGCCUCCCCCGGCCCUGGAGCCCACCCCCGACGGGCAGCCUCCGGAGGCCGGGCCCCCACGGCCCGCCGGCUGCCGCCCUGCGCCGCACGCACACGUUCAACAGCGGAGAGGGCAGGCCCGGGGACCGCCACCGUGGCUGCCACGCCCGGCCCAGCACGGACUUGGCCCACCUCCUCCCCUAUGGGGGGGCGGACAGGACUGCGCCCCCGGUGCCCUAGGCGGGGCCCCCCCCCGACGCCUUGGCAGUGCCAGCCACGGGAACCAGGAGCGAGAGAGGCGCAAAGACGCCAGGCCUGGGCCAGCUCCGAGUGGGUGCUCAAGCCCCCCGCCCCCCCCGUGGGGGGCCCCCUCCGCCACACGGAAGCACAACGAGCUCGCCCUCCCCCCACCCGGGCCGCAGGACGCUGAGAUGGUUUGGGGGUGGGUGGGCGGGAAGAAUUUGCUAUGGAUCUGAGGUUGACCUUAUGCGCGUAGAUUUUGGUUUCUUUGGCAAUUUUUGGUUUCUUUUGCAGUUUUCUAACCAAUUGCACAACUCCGUUCUCGGGGUGGCGGCCGGGGGCUCGGAGGUGGGGUGGGGAUGGGGGGGCCACUGCUGCAGACCCAAGUCCCCUCCACCCCCCGGAAAAGGUCUCUCCUGGACCCAGGCCCCUGGCGUGUGUGGGUGUGUGUGCGUGUGCAUGCCGUGUCUGUGUGCAAGGGGCCGGGAGGGGGCGUGCGUGUGCGUGCCUGCGAGGGCUGCUGUGGGCGUGUGCGUCGGGUGGGCCACGCGUGCGGUGUGUGUGUCUAAGUGCGAGCGUGGUGGGUGGCCCCAGCGGCCUGGGCGUUGGCUGAGCCAACACUGGGGCUUCCACAAGGCCGAGGGCCUCUGAGGUGCCGGUUAGGAGUCUGAACCACCCCCCUGCCCCCCGCAGAGGGAAGGGGGGACAGUGCCGGGGUUCCAGGCAGGGAGUCGGGGAGAACCUGCCCAGAAGUCACAUUGGCACAGCUGUCUAAAGGGCUCGGGGAGGCCUGGGGGGAGGUGGAGGCAGGCAGGCCCCCUGUAAAUACGGCCCCGGGGUGGUCAGAGAGUCCCAUAUCACCCGUCCUCUUGUGACCUCCCUCCUUUGACCUCCAGCUGACCAUGCAUGCCACGUGGCCAGCCGAGUCCUGGACCCUCGCUGGAGCUUGCCUCCCCAGCCCCUCCCCAUCAAUAAACUCUGUUUACAACCACCGGC